AUGGCUUCAUCAGCCCACAGCCCGCAGCUCCCAAAGCCAUCUCGGCCGAAACCCGUCUCGGCAGCAGCCCUCGCGAGGAUAGAGAAGCAGCGUCGGGACAUUGUGAAGCGCCUGGGCCCGUGUCCGAGCGGAUGCAGUGAUCUGGACGGCUAUGUCCUCCUUGGCGGACUGGAGCGAGGGAGCGUUGUUGGGAUCAGUGCCGAAGAGGAGGAUGUUGUGGGUGUGACGCUAGGCUUACAGAUAUCCAUAUGCUCCCUCCUAUCCAAGGCCGUCCACAAAGUCCAGAUUGUGACGCCCAAGCCGCCCAGCACCAUUCUCGUGCUGCUCAAGAACGCCAUUGCCGCGGAGCUCAAGGCGCAGGGCGUCACGGCCGCCGAAGACGUUGCGGCGCAGAGGAGGGAUUGCCUGGACAGGAUCAUGCUCUCGCGCGUGUUUGACAUGGAUGGGUUUUGCGAGGUGCUGGCUGAUUUGGAGGAUGGGCUCCCGGAAAGGGGGGUCGAUGGUGAGAAUGUGCGAGCGGUUGAGGAGUCGACUGGGGACAAAGCUCAGGAUAACAAGGACAUUGGUGGUGGUGGUGCUGCUGCUGCUGCUGCUGCUGCUACAAGUGUAGAGCGUGAGCCAGGGCAGCAGCCUCCUGUCGUUGCUGAGAUUCAGGACAGCCAAGACGAGGACGAAUCACUUUCUCCUUUACCAACACCACCUCAGCCCGCCGUUCAAGACGAGAUACAGCAGGAACACACGGUAGAUCAAGCCGAAGCACAGACUACAACCGACAUACCCGGCACCAUCAUCAUCAACAACAACAACACCACUGCCACCGAUGUACCCAAUCACAGAGCGACAACAACAACAACAAACCCCGACAUCAUCAUCGUCACCCACUUCUCCUCCCUCCUCACCAGCUUCUUCACCCAGCGCGACAAGCCCACCGCCCACGCCACCAUCCGCCACCUCUCCGCCCGCCUCCGCCGCCUCUCCAGGACGCUACCCUCGCAUCCUCUCGUGCUCAUCAUCAACUCCACGGACUCUGGUGCGGCCGCUCAUUCCUCUGCCUCCCACGGCCACGAGAUCCCCCCGUCAGAACAGUCUCCCGCGCAUCACAAUAGGAACAACAACAAUCACAAAUCCCCGCCGGCAGUGGCCCCGACGCUCCGCUCGAUUUUCAACCCGGCUACGGCUUCUGGACAACAGGGCUUCUUCAAGCUCAACAAGCCAACCUUUGGCCUCGUCUUUACGCAGCUGCUCGACCUCCACCUUCUCUGCACGCGGGCUCCGCGUCCCCCCCGCAAGGAAACAACUGCGUCGUCGCGUGCGUUGACGGUGGUGGAGGUGCUGCUGGAUGACACUGGCCUGUGGCAAGGCGAAAGGGGUCGUAGGAGGCGGAGGGAGCAGCGCUGGACCGUCGUGGAGUCUUCAUCCGGCCGGAUCGUCGAUGCCGUGGACGGUGAGAGGCUUCGAACGAGCGGAGGGAGGACAAGUUGA